AUGAAAUAUUUCAACAUGGCGGCCGACGAUAAAGGAGCCGAUCCUGAAAUAGGCGGACAGUUACGCCGAUUAGAAGUGAUGCCCCUAGACAGUGGAGAGGAUGAAACAUGUGUCACAUUUGUUUUGCACGGAGAAGACCAUACGCUGGGAAAUUCUUUGAGAUACAUCAUCGCGAAAAACCCUGAUGUAGUGUUCUGUGGGUACAGCAUUCCACAUCCAUCAGAGAACAGGAUCAAUCUCCGAAUCCAAACAAAUGGUAUUCCUGCUGUAGAUGUUUUGAGAAGAGGUCUAUCAGAACUCACUGCAAUGUGUGAACACAUGCUUGCUACAUUUGAGACUGCAGUUGAAGAACACAAGGAUACUCAAAAUUUAGAAGUGUCACCAUAGGAUUGGAUGUUUUUUGCCGUUGGAAAGAAAAAACAGAAAGUUUGAAAUCAUCCAGGAUAAGAAUCAGCAUCAAGAAGAAAAUCAAGGUUGGAUGUGCUGUAUUUGGACAACGAGAGAUGUUUCAAGCUAGUUUAUUACUGGCUCAGCCUUGAAGUGGAAGCUGAGGCAUAAGCAAGACUUGCCAAGCACUUAGGUUGCUCCUGUCAUUUUCUUUGUUGUCAAUAUUUUUCAACAAAAACUGAUUUGUUAAUGGCUUAAGACGAUUCUUCAGAGAUAAAGUUUGUCAAACACUUUUUGUUAAUCUUUUGAUUAAAACCUAUCAAUCUGUCUCUAGAGAACUGCAAUAAAAAAGUCAAUGCAUUUGGGAAGGAGAUAUGAUGGGCCAAUCUUACCCAUUUAUGCCUGUACUGGUAUUAUUUGCCCAUGAUUUCACAGAACAUUUUGUUGUAGCUGGAAGCAUAGGUUUUUGAAGUAACACCUGAAACAAUGCUUGAUCGGUAGAAAGUCUUGAGUGUAUGGAACAAAGUAAUAAAUGAUUGAGGUAUUAAUUUG